UUGCGCCUUUAGUUCCUGGCGUCUGAGAGGAGAAAGAUGUAUCGAUUCCGUUCACGGGCAUCCACGGGGUUUUCUGCCGCUGCUACAGCUUUACCUAUCGCUUGUCUUCCUCAAUCAUAUCCGCUGCCUCGGUCUGGGAAGCCGGCCUCACAAAGACGUUUCUAUAGUAAAAAGCGCUCUUGCUCUUCCAUCGGUUGAUUAUCGCUGCCGCUCGAGAAAGAGAGAGAGAGACAAACCAGGCCGGAGACCGAGAACCCGGUGCGGGAGCGCCAGGAGAAUCCGCGCGGAGUCGUUGUUCGUAUAGGCCGCAGCCAUGCCCAAGUCGAGGCGGCGAGGAGGAGGAAACCCGCGCGGAGCAUCAGGUGCCCAGCACAAAAACAUGCAGCCUUUUAGUGAUGAAGAUGCAUCAAUUGAAACUAUGAGCCACUGCAGUGGCUUCAGCGAUCCAGCUAGCUUCACAGAGGAUGUGGCUGAAAUUGACGAAGAAGCUACACAAGAAGAACUUGAGUACAAACUGAAGGAUCUCAUUGAUCUAACAUUGGACAAGAGUGCAAAGACCAGGCAAUCAGCUCUGGAGAGUCUUAAAAAUGCCUUGACAUCAAAAAUACUGUACGAGUUCAUCUUGGAAAGGAGAAUGACGCUAACAGAUAGCAUAGAGCGCUGCAUAAAGAAAGGCAAGAGUGAUGAGCAACGGGCAGCAGCAGGACUGGCUUGUCUACUUUGUGUACAGCUGGGCUCAGGAAUUGAAAGUGAAGAGAUCUUUAAGACCCUUGCUCCAGUACUGAAGAAAAUCCUUUGUGAUGGAGCAGCAAGUGUACAAGCAAGGCAAGCUUGUGCUACCUGCUUGGGAGUGUGUUGCUUUAUUGCCACUGAUGAUAUUACAGAAUUGUAUUCAACUAUGGAAUGCCUGGAAAAUAUCUUCACCAAAUCCUAUCAGAAAGAAAGAAAUUCAAAUGGAAUGUCCAGCACUCAGAACACAAUUCUUCAUAUCAGCGCUCUGUUGGCAUGGACCCUUCUGUUGACCAUCUGCCCAAUGAAUGAAGUGAAGAAAAAGCUUGAAAUGCAUUUGCAUAAAUUUCCUCUUCUGUUGUCCUGUGACGAUGUAAACAUGAGGAUUGCUGCUGGGGAAACACUAGCCCUUCUCUUUGAACUAGCAAGAGAAACAGACGGGGAUUUCUUUUAUGAAGAUAUGGAACCUCUAACACAGAAACUGAGGGCUCUGGCUACAGAUGGGAACAAGCACCGUGCCAAGGUAGACAAAAGAAAACAGCGAUCCGUCUUCAGAGAUGUCUUGCGAGCUGUGGAGGAACACGACUUCCCUACAGAGAUGGUCAAAUUUGGACCUGAGCGCAUGUACAUUGACUGCUGGGUUAAAAAACAAACCUAUGAUACUUUCAAGGAAAUCCUAGGAACAGGGAUGCAAUAUCACUUGCAGUCCAAUGAGCUUCUUCGGAAUGUCUUUGAACUUGGGCCACCGCUGAUGCUCGAUGAGGCAACUCUUAAAACCAUGAAGAUACCCCGUUUUGAAAGGCACCUUUACAACUCUGCAGCGUUCAAAGCAAGGACCAAGGCCAGAAGCAAAUGCCGUGAUAAAAGAACAGAUGUUGGUGAAGUGUUCUAGACUAGCGCUUCAAGAUCUGACUUGAUUUCUGUUAAAUCUAAAUCCUCUUAAGUGUAAUUAUUGCUAAGUUUAAUAUGAAAUGAGGCUUUUAAAACUGUCUGUCUUAGGUGUCUUGCACAUACAGAGAAAAUUUCUGUGAUGUAGGUUAUUGAAUAGAUGGAUAUGUGCUGCGAGUUGAACAAAGUGUAGGGAGGGAAAUAGAAAGGGGGGUAAGAGUGUCUCAUGAAGUUGGCAUUCUUGCAGUGCUGUCAGUCACAUGGUGCUGGGACUGCUUUGAUUCAGCUCACCAUUUUUAGUGCUCUAAUGAAAUAGGUGAAACCUAUUAGGGAAGCUAUUAUGCAGAGUAAAUAUGUCUUUGGACGAAGCUGCUAUUUAGAUAGAUCACGAAACAUUUUAAAUCAUACAGUGACUAUACCGUGCAGGGGCCCCUAAAGCUGAAAUAAAGUAACAUACAAAAAUAUUUGAAGGUCGAUGUUAUGUUAAAUCUUGA